UUUUGAAUUAAAUAUAUGAUUUAAGUUUCUGAUGUCACUUUAUAGGAAGCUCUGGCUAAGAAAGAAGAGGGAAAUAAGUUCUUCGCCGAUAAGAAGUAUGAUGAAGCCAUCAAAUGCUAUUCUGAAGCUAUUGAUCAUAAUCCAAAUGAAUCUGUAUAUUAUUCCAAUAGGGCUGCUUGCUAUUUAGCAUUAAAGCAAUACAAAAAAGCUUUAGAUGACACAGAAUAAGCAUUGAAGAGGGAUUCAAACAACGUAAAAACUUUGAGAAGGAAAGCGAUUGCCCUUUAAAAUUUGGGGCGAUUGGAAGAAAGUGUGAAUUCGCUGAAUGCCGCCUUAUAAAUAGCUCCUGGGGAUUAAUCAUUGAAAUCAGAGUAUUUGACAGCCCAACAGACUUGUUAAAGCUAUUUGGAAGGUUUGAAAUAAAUUCAAAAUGAAGAUUAUUAAAAGGCCUUAUAUUAAUUUUAAUAAGUUAUAUAAGUGUGUGCGCAAUCUUUGGAAAUUUAGAUCCUAUUUGUUGAAUGUUUGGCUAAGUGUGGUGAUAACGACAGGGCUAGCAAAUGGCUUAUGCAAAUUUAAAGUGAACAUGGAUCAACUCCCGAUGUGUAUUACUUAAAAGGAAUCAUUGACUUAUAUAACGGGAAUAGUGAAAGAGCAAAGAAAAUCCUAAUUGACGGUAUGAAGGUCGAUCCAGACAAUAAGAAGUGCAGAGAAGCUUUGAAGAAGGCAAGGAAGUGCGAAGAAUUGAAGGAAAAAGGAAAUCAAUUACUUCAAGAAGUGAAAUUAAAUGAUGCCAUCGAAUGUUACACAGAAGCUUUGAGUGUCGAUCCUUACAAUCGUAAAAUCAAUUCAAUUAUCUAUGCCAAUAGAGGAUUAGUUAAAUAAAAACUGAAUCAACACAAGGAAGCCAUUGAUGAUUUCACUAAAUCUAUUGAAUUGAAUCCCUAAUACUAUAAAGCCUUAAUAAGGAGAGCUGAAUCAUAUGACAAGCUAGGAUAAUUUGGAGACUCUUGCCAUGAUUACUAACAAGUUAUUCAAAUUGAACCCUAAUUGGAAUAGGAAAUGGCAUAGAAAUUGAGAGAAGCCCAAAAGAAAGAGAAAUUAGCAAAGAAGAAGGACUAUUAUAAAAUAUUAGAAGUUGCAAGAGAUGCCACAGAAAAUGAAAUCAAAAAAUCAUAUAGAAGAUUGGCAUUGUUAUGGCAUCCUGAUAAAUUGAAAGAUAAAGAUGAAGAAACCAAAACAUUAGGAUAAUAGAAGUUUAGAGAUAUUGCUGAAGCAUAUGCAGUGUUAUCUGAUAAAAAAAAGAAGGAUCUCUAUGAUUCAGGAGUUGAUCCUAACGAUCAAAGUGGUGGUUAUGAUGGUGGAGUCGAUCCUACUCAAGUCUUCUAGAUGUUCUUCGGUGGUGGAGGAGGUUUCCAAUAAUUCCCAUUUGGGGGAGGUGGAGGAGUUCGUUUUGAAUUUAGAUGAAGUCAAACAUCAAUAAUUUUAAUGUUAAAAAUAAAUAAUGUCUUUCAAUUUUUAAAA